ACAAAGAAUAACACCAUCUCAAAGCAAAUCUGUCUCCAAAACUUGGCUCCCCCGCCCCCUAAUAGUUCUGCAUAUAAAAACACCUGCAAUCCUCCAUACAUCUUCAUCCUGUCUCAUCACAACAUAAAACCAAAUCCCAUAUAGUUUCAAAGUUCAUAUUCAGAAAACUCAAGAGAUCAUCGCCAUGGCGACAGGGACGAGGGCUGCUGCUCAACGAUCAUACGAAGAUUUCGAACCCGCCACUGAAUGGAAGCGGGAGCCCUCAGCAGAUACCUUGCUUGUCCACCUGCCUGGGUUCAGGAAAGAGCAAAUGAAGGUGCAGGUGACUUCUGCCCGGCAGCUGAGGAUAGUGGGUGAACGUCCGUUGGGGAACAACAACAAAUGGAGUCGUUUCAAGAAGGAGAUUCCCAUCGGAUCGAACUACGAUACCAAUGAAAUCAAUGCCAGGUUUGACAAAGGGAUUCUCUACGUCAAACACCCCAAGGUCAUCGCUCAGCAGCCGCAGCCGCAGCCUGCCGCCAAUAACCAGCAAUUACCGUCGCAAAAACCGGCGGCACCGGCGGUGGAAGCGCCGAAGCCAAUCCCACCACCACCACCAGCAGCAGCUGCAGCGCCUCAGCUAGUGAAGCCGCCGUCAUGGAGGGCGCAGGAUCAGAAGCCGAUGGCGGCUGCAGUUCCGCCGCCGGCGCCUGCUUCUGCACCUCCGCCAAAAGAAGCGUCGAUAUGGAAGGUUCCGCCAACAGAGCCCUCUGCUUCACGGCCCCCACGAGCUGAGACGAAGAACCCAGAAACAGGCAUGGGAGCAAAGCCAGAUAAAUUCUCAGAACAAGAGAAGAAGGAGAAGCAUGACAAGACGGCGACAAAUGGGCAGCUGCAGGCGGCGAAGGCUGACGAAAUGAAGAAAGCAGAAGGAGGUGGCAGCAGCAGCAGCAGCAGGGGAAGGAUACCAUCGCCAUUGAUGGCAAGUGAGAAGUACAAGGAGGCGAUCAGUGGGAUCGGAAUGAGGGUAAUGGAGAUCAGGGAGAAUCCCAAGAGCCUGCUGAACUUGGUUUUCGCUGUUUUGGCGGGAAUCGUCAUCCUGCUCUACCUCAAGAAUGCGGCCAAGUCGGUGUUCAAGUUCAAGGGUGCUGACAUUGACGAACUAUAACUUCCCCCCAACAAAUCAAGUCUCUGUUUGCCGUGUGAAAAUUUAAUUGACAUUGAAAGCUGAUUUCUAACAAGUUGAUGAUGAUACACUGGUUUUAAUUGUUCUAGGAUUUAUGGAAAUAAGAAUGAAAUAACUAAUGAUAGGCAAAUGGGUGGGAUUUGUAACAGAUUUAACGAGAAAGUCGAGUUCUUUCAUGUGAAUCCAUGGCUGCUUUCUAUUCUUUGCUACCAACUGAUUGCUCUGU